CAGUAGCUCGCAUGCCUUCACAAAAGAUCGAGCUUACUCCGGAGCAGCUUGCGAAGCAAGAAGAACGUGCACGCAAGAAAACGGAGCGAGCCAAGGCUGGUCCGGUAGCCGUGGCUAUCGACAAUGAGAAGGGACGAAUAAUUCAACGGCCUUGGUUGAAGGUGCAGGAGGCUCAGGGAAAGGGAGAGACUGUGAAGAUUAUGACAUGGAAUCUCUUAGCUCAAACUCUCGUCCGUCGUGAACUGUUUCCGACUAGUGAUUGCUUAAAAGCGCACCAGAGAGAAAAUAUGAUCUACCAAGAAAUCCUGUCCUCUGGCGCAGACAUUCUCUGCAUGCAGGAAGUCGAUCGCCUGGAGAAACUGAAACCGUUCCUUGCUCAAGCUGGCUACGAGCAUACGUACGCGGCAGGACCACAGAAAAAACACGGCUGUCUGAUAGCUUUUCGCAAGGCCUUGUUCACUCAGACGGGGGCCCGCACCGUCAUAUAUGACAAUGAAGACGUGCGAGAAGAAGGAGAAGAACGCACACGACGAGGAUCUAGCUUUAGGACAAAGAACAUCGGUUCUAUCGUGGCAUUGAAGAAGACUGGGACCGAAGACUUUGGCAUAGUGAUUGCUACCACGCACCUUUUCUGGCAUCCCAAGUAUAUCUAUGAACGCUCACGCCAAACAGGUAUUCUACAACGAGAGGUCAUCAAGUUCAGGGACCAGAAUGGUCAUGUCAACUGGCCGUGCGUUUUCGCAGGAGACUUCAACUUCCAGCCCACAGAAGCUGCCUAUUCACUUCUCAGGGGUCUCCCUCUCCUCUCAUCGCAUGAAACCGGUCUUUCCGAUUCAAGGGUCGUGCACGUGAGCAUAGACCCCACAGUUCCGAUUACUACGCCGAAGGCCACUGAGGACGAAGAAGGCGAAGGCAGCACAACCGCUGACACCGAUAAAGUCAUAAAGAACGCACGAGUAGCGAUGAAGUCGGACGGACUACUCAGCAGUGAAGAGCUGACUGCACUUUACGAGACCAUCAGAUACCCCAAAAGUGCUUACGACGAAGGACAACGACUUCUCUUCGAAGCUUCGAAUCCGGACGUCCUGCGAUGUGGCGAUAGACUUCAAAUACCUAAGGAUCAUCAAGGCGCCUUUGAGCCUGAGUGGACAAACUACACAUUUUAUUGGCAACUGUCCCUAGAUUAUAUAUUCAUUAUAGACCCUCCAAACCGCUCGUCUUCUGUGCUAAGUUUGCUCAAACCACACAAGAAGGACGACAUUCACCCAGGAUUGCCGAAGAUGGGCGUUUGUGGAAGUGACCAUAUUUCUUUGGCAGCAGAAAUUCAAUGGAGUAUCGAUGAUUGUUAG